UUAAUCUAACAAUGGAGUCAGGGGAGAAUAGUGAGUGGUUAUAUGAACUACUGACAGAGGUCCAACUAGACCAGUUCUUCUCCAAACUCAGAGAUGAUCUUCAAGUUACAAGGAUUGCCCACUUUGAUUAUGUGAAGACAGAGGACUUGGAGAAGAUUGGUAUGGGUAAACCAGCUGUACGUAGACUACUGGAUGCUGUCAAAAGAAAGAAAACUACUUUACGAAAGAAGACAAUACUUGACAAGAUUUUACCAAAAGUACCAGAGAAGACUGGCAGUAAGAAAUCAGGAAGUGGUUCACCACGGUUAUCAGGUUACAUGGAUCAAGCACUGACCUGUCUGAUUGCCGAGAACUCUCUCUUUUUGUAUGGUAAAAUUGGUAACGGUAGUUUUGGUGUGGUGAAGAAAGGUGAUUGGACAACACCAUCAGGUCAAAAGAAAUUGGUAGCUGUAAAAAUUUUACGAAAUGAUGCAUUAGCGUUACCUGGAGCGUUUGAAGAUUUUGUGAAGGAAGUAAAUGUCAUGCAUCACUUAGAUCAUCCUAACCUCAUCAGACUAUACGGCAUUGUCCUGUCUACACCUCUUAUGAUGGUAACAGAGUUAGCUCCCCUGGGUGCUCUCAUAGAUUUCAUGCGUAAGGAGCAGGACAGGAUAUUGGUGUCAGAACUGUGUGACUAUGCCGUACAGGUGUCACAAGGAAUGAACUACCUGGAAACAAAGAGGUUCAUACAUAGAGAUCUGGCCUGUAGAAAUGUAUUACUUAUGUCGCGAGAAAAGAUAAAAAUAGGAGAUUUUGGAUUGAUGCGGGCAUUACCUAGUCAAGAAGAUCACUAUGUGAUGCAGGAACACAAGAAAGUGCCUUUUGCUUGGUGUGCUCCAGAGAGUUUAAAAUCUCGUCAAUUUUCACAUGCUAGUGAUGCCUGGAUGUACGCUGUUACGUUAUGGGAGAUGUUUACCCUGGGACAAGAGCCCUGGCUAGGUUAUAAUGGUUCACAGAUUUUACAUAAGAUAGAUGUGGAAGGGGAGAGGUUACCUAAACCAGACCUGUGUCCUAGUGAGAUAUAUCAGCUUAUGUUGCAAUGUUGGGCACAAAAACCUGCGGAUAGACCAUCUUUCCUGGCCAUCAAAGAUUACCUGUGUGAGACUGAAGGAAAAUUAAAGGUACGUCCAAUGGAUGUCAAAGCACAACAGAGUUUCAGUGAAGACGGUAAAUUGUUUGUAGAGGAGGGAGAUCAUGUGACUGUGAUUGAGGGGAGACCAGAUUGUUACUGGUGGAAAGGUCAGAACAAGCGAACACAUUUAGUCGGCCAGUUCCCUCGUCACAUUGUGAAUACUCAGCGGCGACGUUGUGCGACAGAUAUAAGUAAACCAUUAAAGAAUAGUUUUAUACAUACUGGUCAUGGGGACCCUGGAGGGAAGUCAUGGGGAAAUGCUGAAUAUAUUGAUGAGGUAUAUUUACGUAACCCCAUGGAACCUCCUGAUCUACAUGGACAAGCCCCGCCCCCAGAUUCUCCUGAAGAUAUACAUACGGAAAAACUUAAAAAACCAUUUGGGUAUGCUUCUAGUCGGCAGUUCAACUAUUCCAAGUUUCAGAAUGAACCUAACAGUGGAGACGAACCUGUGUAUGCUAGAUCACAAAAAAAUUCCAAUGCAAAUCAAGAUAUUCGUGACCUUGAGAGGUCAUGGCCUAUGACCUCUGGACAUACUAAAGUUUACCGUAAAGAAAGCAAUGAGAAACCUCUAAUAGAUCUAAGUGACGACACUGAUGGAGGGUCAGGGGCAAAUAACUCUAAUAAAUCCACGACCCCAAGUGAGAUUUCCUCCCUUUUUGACAGCUUAUUAACUGGGACAUCAUCUCAGUAUGGGAACCUAAGUCUCCCACAACCCCUAAUAAGGGAGUCUGGCUCCCAACAAGACCCUUUUGAAAUCGAUGCAGCUAGUUUAUAUAGUAGGUCAAUAAAAUCUUCGGAAGACAAUAAUAAAAUACGGCAAACUCCGCCCCGAUCAAAACCUAUAGUGUACAGACGGACAACUUCAAUAGACAGUCAACAUAGUCAAGAUAGCUGGCAAAGUUUUUCACCACCGAAAUGUACAGGUAUUAAGUUACCUCCAGAAUAUAAAAAACGUGACAAUACAGCUUCUCCGGAGGCUGGAAGUGUUCAUUCCGCAUAUGCUCCGCCACCAAAAGUUGAAAAUCGAGACAGGAAAGUUCGCUCGGCAAGUACCAGUCCUAAUAUUCCGUCAACUCCGACAAAAACCCAGUCUACAAAAGCUGUUCUUGAAGAGUUGUUUUCAAAGGGAAAGACAAAUUUUGCUAGCAAAAAUUUGUUAAAAAAUCAAAAUGUUCCGUGUCAAAGUGAGGCUGAUGACACACCUCAGCAGUUAAAAAAGGUUGAUAAAGCAUUUGAUUGGUUGAAUGAUGCUAUAAAUAACUUCUCUUUAAAUAAAGCUGGGAAAGCAGGUUCUGACCCAACUUUAUCAGGGAAAUCUGAUCGACCUUUUUAUGACCAAGUGCCAGAUGAAUCACAGUUAUAUAGCCCAUCUGUUAGGCCUAAAGCAUAUCAACCAAUGUCGUCUGCAAAUCCUCAUAUGUCUUCUGCAAGGGGACAAUAUCCAGUUCAGUAUUGCGAAGUUCCAAUGGAAGAUGGCAUCCUAAAUAAUGAGCGACCGAAAUUCAUUCCGAAAUAUGAUGAAGUUCCAAGGUUUGAUGACCCAAAUGACGUUAAGUUACCUAUACCAAAAGAUAUUUAUUCGCCUCAGAGCACUACAUCCACCUAUUCUGACUGGGAUGAUUUUGAUUCUGAUUUCGAUGACGAAGAUGAGCAAACUGUCCGAGGUGCGGUGGCAGGAAAUGGAAUGCGCGCCUCUCCUCCGCCACUUCCUCCUCGUGACUACAGUAGUCAAGGACAUGGUGGCCAUUCUGAUCACAGUAGUGAAAGAGAUAAAAAGCCAAACAUUUUUCCUAUUGUUCAAGAUGGCCACCAGUUAAGUCACACACAUUAUUUUCUCAUUCCAGCAAAGGGCGAAGAAGACUGUCCUAGCAAUACCAGACGAACCACAGCAGAAGUUCGUCCAUUUUCCAUUGAUGGCAAUCAAAUAUCGCAAGAUGAGCAAAGUGCCGCCUCUCUUCAUGAUUAUCAAAAUUUUGAAACACUACAAGUUUUACCGCGAGAAAUUUGUCAAGAACCGAAAACCACACGAUCUUCUGAGGAUUUGUUCAGCAGAUCAAAACAUAGUUCCAGUCGCGAUCAUUCGUGGUCAAAUCAGAAUAUCGAUGUCACACAGUCAUACCCAAAUGCUAAUAGACAUAAUCAAUAUAAAAGAUCUUACUCACACAACCCUGAUAUUACUGCGUCUGAUGGUAACUGGCGACGUGAAAAAAUUACAGCUUUACAGGAAGCUGUAAUUGGACUUACUGAUGAAGAGUGUCAUGCAGCACUCUGUCACUGUAACGGUCAUGUUGAAAAAGCAAUAAAGCACCUGAAAAUUGAACAAUUAUUCCGACUAGGUCUGGCACCUAGGGAUUACUGUCAUAGACUUCUUGUUGACACAAGAUGGAAUUUAGAAGAUGCAAGCUCUGCUAUGUUAGAUAAUUAUAGAUCUGGGAAAAAAGUGUCAAUGGAAAGUGCUGUAUGAAAAUGAAACAAUACUAGGUGUUCUUUUUGUUCAAAGCAAUCAUCUUUUACUUUUUAGUUCAGAUUUCAGCAGAAAUGCAAGUAAACCAUAUUUGCUGUAUUCAAUGGUUCUACCUAGGUACUCUGUUGUGUCUGAUGUAAAGCAAUAAGAAUGUGUUUUUACCUUGGUCUUUCUCCGUCAGUCAAAGCUGCAGUGUAUUCAUAUGGCUAUAACAGUGUUGAUCUGGCUGAAAAACACAACCAAAAAAAGUUCUGUCAUGUUUUUUUUUUAUAAUUUGAAGUAUAUCGGAGGUAAUUUUGAGAGCUGAUGGCUUAUGUAAGCAAGUGACUUAGAACAUAAAUUUCAAAUCACUUGUUCCCAAACCAAUGUGUGUAAGAAUCCUGCCUGUGACAUGGUAUACUUUUUAAAUAUAUCUAAUUAGGUUCUACUCGGGUGCUUAACACCUGCACUAAAUAAUUCAGAAAAGGCCAUCGGAAGGAAAGGUUAGCAUAAUUAUGACCUUUAUAGUAAUACCAUUCUUAGACACAAAAAAUAUAAUUUUAAUUGAGAAACAUUAACAUAAUAUUAGUGAAACAUUGGGUAAGUGUGAGGUAGUUUUAUAAAGAAUUUGUAUUCAAAGAAAAUUGUAUUCAGCAAAUUGAGUUCACUACAAAGUACUCAGAUAGUCUUUUAUAUUUACAUAAAUGUAGUC